UCUACUUCUUUUCCUUCACAUAAUUGUGUUUUCCUUUAAGAACCUUUCAAAUCCUUCUAAACCUUUUGAAUUCCAAAAAGUUCUCAAAAUAAUAUAACUUAUUUUUCUUCAUUUCUCAAAAGUGUUAUAUAGUAUAUUUCUUUGUCUUUACCACUUUUCUUUAACCAUGGUUAUCUCAGCAACCACUUUCACCUCUCAAAACACCAACAAUAACCUCCGCGAUGCUUCUUUCUCUUCUUACUUGACAAACAAGGAACCUUUUCACCUUACCAGAAAGGAACCUUUUCACCUUGGAGUAAAGAAAGAAGAAGAUGGAGAAAUUGGUGUUUUUGAUGCUGAAAAAUACUUCAAUGGAGUUGAAAUAGAUACUCCAAUUCCAAGAGUUUCUACCAUAGAUGCUAAUAAAAUCAAGUACUUAAAAGACCAACAACAAAAUAGAAACUACAAAGUUCAAUAUGGAACUUCAAGUGUUGGCUCAGAAUCAAGUGUUAAUAGCCAAAGUGCAUUUUUACAAAGUGCUUUGAAAACUUCUUCUUCAAGUGAAAUCAGUUUCAACAAAAGUGUAGUUCAUGGAAAAUCAACCUCAGAAAAGAUCAUCAAACAUGAUCAAGAUUCUUCUAAUCAUUCAGUUAAGAAUAAGAAAACUGAGAAUCCUCUUGCUGCAACAGAACUCAUGAUGAACAAAGAUUUUCCUACUUACAAAGUGCAACUUCAACAAGUAGAGAAACCAAGGAAAAAAUUGGAAGUGUUUGGUUCACCAAUAUUAGAUGAAAGAUGCAACAAAUCUUUAAGCUUUGAUAUGAGGCUAAAGAAACCAUCUUGGGAAGCUAGUACUAAACUUGUGGAACAAGAAACCGAAUUUUCUACAAAUUGUGAUGAAAGUAACUAUGAUGAUGAUGCUGGAAGUGAUGCAAGUUCAGAUUUAUUUGAGAUUGAAAGCUUAACUGGUAAUAAAACAAAUUCAUUUUUUACUAGAACAUCAACAACAUCACAUGUUGCUUCUGGUUGUAAUAGUCCAACAUGUUAUGCACCAAGUGAAGCAAGCAUUGAAUGGAGUGUGAUAACAGCUAGUGCAGUUGAAUAUUCCGUGAUUUCAGAUCAUGAAGAUCAAGGUUCAGUUAUAACUAUAAGAAGUCCUAUAAGAACAUCUAUCAAUUCAUCAUCAAAUGGUAAACACAAAGUCAACAAAGAGAUAUCCAUGCCAAAGCGGCGUCCGAGUAAGUUUUUAGGUUGUAAUAGUCAGAAAUCUGUUGGUGUUGCUGUUGAUGCUUUUACAACUACAUAUGAGAAACAAAGUAGUAACCAGAAAAUUGUUGGUAAGUCAGAAAUGUUACCUCAGAUGACAAAGUUUAAGGUUGAAAGUUUUGGUGCAAGAAAUGAACAACAUGGUUAUGGAAAACCACCUCUUAGGAGAUCACAUGAACCACAUGGUGCACAACUUUUGUACAUUUAGAUAUUUUGCUUUUAAUUAAUACAAGUGUAUUUUUGUGUGUAGUUGGAAAAUUGUUCAAUUAUGUACCUUUGAGUCUUGAGUUAGUAGAAGCAAUAAAGUUGUUAAUUUUAUUGGC